AUGAGGUCUUGCUACUCUCACAAAGGGGUUAGCCCGGGCAAGCACCCCCUCCGAUCCGUGGGCAGCGACAAAAUAGGAAAGGAAGACAUCCAGUCGGCCAAUAAUGGACUCUACGAGGACUGCACCCUUUGCGGCAUAAAUCACAAGGAUCCCCACAAGCAGGCGCUCUACCCAUUGCGCGAAGACCAGCACAGAGUUAACAAGUUAGAAUAG